CUCGCUGCCCCUCGCCUCUUCCUCCACAGACUCAGCUCUGUCAGCCCGGGUUGUGUGUUACGUGACCGGCCGCGGCAUCUCUUCUCCAGUCAGAAUGGCAGCGAUCAGGACCCUCAGGAAACUGUGUCAACACUCCCAGCACCAACUCUGUAAACUGCACACGUCCGCCCCGAGACAGGAGGCGGUGGUCAUCUCAGGAAGGAAACUAGCACGGCAGAUUCGAGAAGAAGCCCGUGUCGACGUGGACAAAAUGGUUUUAGACGGCCACAGGAGACCCCACCUGAGUGUGGUUCUGGUGGGAGAAAAUCCAGCCAGUCACUCCUACGUUCUGAAUAAGACACGAGCCGCCGCUGAUGUCGGAAUCUCAAGUGAGACAAUUCUCAAGCAGUCAGACAUCAGCGAGGAGGAGUUAUUGGACCUGAUCUACAAAUUAAACACAGACCAUCGUGUGGACGGGCUGCUGGUCCAGCUGCCUCUGCCAGAUCACAUUGAUGAACGGGCCAUCUGUAAUGCAGUUUCCCCAACCAAGGAUGUGGACGGCUUUCACGUAGUGAACGUGGGUCGCUUGUGUUUGGAUCAGUCCACCAUGCUUCCUGCCACUCCCUGGGGAGUCUGGGAAAUUAUCAAACGCACAGGUAUUCCUACUAUUGGGAAGAAUGUUGUUGUUGCUGGACGCUCCAAGAAUGUGGGCAUGCCGAUCGCCAUGUUGCUGCACACAGACAGCCGCCACGAGAGGCCCGGGGGCGAUGCCACAGUCACCAUUUCUCACCGACAUACUCCAAAGGAGCAACUCAGCCAGCACACUAAAAUCGCUGAUAUCAUUGUGGCUGCUGCAGGAAUUCCAAACCUCAUUACCCCGGACAUGAUCAAAGAGGGAGCGGCAGUGAUUGACGUUGGAAUCAACAGAGUGCAGGACCCGGUCACUGGGAAGAGCAGACUGGUUGGAGAUGUGGAUUUCGAAGGCGUGAGGAAGAAGGCGGGAUUCAUCACCCCAGUUCCCGGAGGAGUGGGACCUAUGACCGUAGCAAUGCUCAUGAAGAACACUAUCAAGGCAGCUAAGAACGUUCUGCUCUUUCCCCCGGAGAGGAUCCGCAUGGCGGCUGCGUCCUAAUGGGUGAAAGAACAUCCCUGCAACAGCAACACAUUCCACCCACUCCUAAAACUACCGCCCCUCCGUUAUCUUUUUACCUGGAGCGAUCCACCGAGCUCCCGUUGCACACGGACUGGAAACAUGAUAGCUCCAAGGUUCCUUGCUGCUGACAUCUUUAACCUCUCCAACUACAAAUCCAGCCAUGUUUAGACUGUUACAUUCACUCAUGCAGCUGCGGGUUCCUUGUAACAGCAUUUUAAGUAUUUAUCAUUUGCAAUGUAUUUCUCUGAGGUUAUAAUGAAUAAGGACAACUAUUUUAUUUAUUACUACAUUGACAUAAUAUUUAAAAAUGAAUGGAGGCCGGUUACAGUGUUUGAGGCCUGUCUGUUGUGCUACUUUAGUGAUAAGGGCUAACAUCAUCAGGAACAAGUGUGUUUUUCAAGCUUUAAAGAUUCACAAUUGCCUUUGUAAAAACUUUGAAAUAAAUCUUGCAAAUAUGUUCUCA